AUUGUCAGUUGAAGAGUUGAAGUGAAGAUGGGAUCCUUCUCGGAGACUUCCUGCCUAUUAAAAUGUGUGAUCUUCUUUGUUCUACCGGUAACAAUGAUUGUUCAUGUUGUAUCUUUGGGAACAAAUCAUUGGGUUUAUGCCAAAAUUGCGUCUGCACUUGGAGGAUCUAUACAAAGGGAAUAUGGCCUUUUCAAAAUGUGUGUUAGCCUAAAGGUUUCUAUUGCUAGUCUAGCAUCAUCUUGUGAAACGAUAAAGAAUGCUCCUGACUGGUUGAAAUGCGUAAGAGCUAUGAUGAUUAUUGCUCUUAUUCUACUUGUAGCGUCUUUUAUAUUCGCUGUUAUCACUUCCUGUGGCAAUAUCGUUAAAGAUACUUGCGGUAAAGCCACCCUUGUUACAUUGUUAUUGCUAGCAGCUGUAUGCACAAAAAUUUCUUGGAUUGUUUUCCUUAUUAAAUUUGAUUUGGUUCCUGCUUUGGAUAGAAAUUAUUUUGCAGCUUUUGGACUUGCUGUAGCAUCUGGUCUAUUGGCUAUAAUAUGCGCUAUUUUAGCAUUCCUGGAAAAGCCUAAUCGCCGAGUUGAACCUCACAAUUAUCCACAUGAUCCAGCCUACCCCGUUGUUUCAGCACCACCUCCCUACGGUAAUAAGAAUACGUCAGCAACAUAUCCAGGCUUUAAUCCUGGGUAUGGCUAUCCAGACGCACCUCCUCCUCCAAGAUAUACUGCUCAAUAA